AUGACUUUCGCUUCGCUUUCUGCGCUCGUCCUUGCCUUCGCUGCGACUGUCCAAGUCGCUCAAGCUGUGUCUUUGCCUCAGAAACGCGCAACUUGUGCUGGCGGACAAGUUACCGCCAACGCGGCCUGUUGUGUCCUCUUCCCGCUCAUGGAAGACCUACAGAAGAACUUGUUCGACGACGGCGCAUGCGGCGAAGAUGCGCAUGAAGCCCUUCGCCUGACGUUCCACGACGCCAUUGGAUUCUCUCCUUCUAGGGGCGUUAUGGGAGGUGCCGACGGCUCUGUCAUCACAUUCUCUGAUACUGAGGUUAACUUCCCUGCCAACCUUGGUAUCGAUGAGAUCGUCGAAGCUGAGAAACCGUUCCUUGCAAGGCACAACAUCUCCGCAGGCGAUUUGGUUCACUUCGCCGGCACCCUCGCCGUUACCAACUGUCCUGGUGCUCCGCGAAUCCCGUUCUUCUUAGGUCGCCCUCCAGCCAAGGCCGCAUCACCCAUUGGAUUAGUUCCGGAACCAUUCGAUACCAUCACAGAUAUCCUGGCCCGAAUGGAUGACGCUGGAUUCGUCUCUGUCGAGGUUGUCUGGCUCCUUUCCGCGCACUCUGUCGCUGCAGCUGAUCAUGUUGACGAAACUAUUCCUGGAACGCCGUUCGACUCAACGCCAAACCUUUUCGAUUCACAAAUCUUCAUCGAGACGCAACUCCGCGGAAUUUCCUUCCCAGGCACUGGUGGGAAUCACGGCGAAGUACAAUCCCCACUCAAGGGUGAAAUGAGACUCCAGUCAGAUCACUUGUUCGCUCGAGACGAUAGGACAUCCUGCGAAUGGCAGUCCAUGACUAACGAUCAACAGAAGAUUCAAGACCGCUUCUCCGACACGCUGUUCAAGAUGUCGAUGCUUGGACAAAACCAGGACGCCAUGAUCGAUUGCUCCGAUGUCAUCCCCGUCCCCGCUGCCCUUGUAACCAAACCCCAUCUCCCCGCCGGGAAGAGCAAGACCGACGUUGAACAAGCCUGUGCCACUGGCGCCUUCCCUGCUCUCGGUGCUGACCCUGGCCCAGUCACUUCUGUUCCUCGUGUCCCACCUGCGUAA